GAUAUUGUAAGAAUGGUAUUCUCUGUGGCCACUCAAAGAUAGUUGAAAGUUUUCGUAAAAAUAAAAACUUAGGUGCAAAAAAGAAUAGCGGAAAAGGAGCAAGGAAAAACAAGAGUACGACACAAUCGAUUUUAUAGUGGUUGGGGAACUCCUUACGUCUAGUACCUCGAGGCUCCUCCUCAAGGAUUUAACCUCCUCUAACUUGUUUGGCUUCACUAAGAAGACAAACGAGGAGAGGUUUGGGUGUCUUGUUUAACCUACAAAAAGUUCAGUACUUGGAAUACUUAUUUGGAACAUCAAACCCGCGGUGAGUUUCGGCAUUCAAGGCCAACAAUAGUGAUCAUAAGAUCUCGCCUUUUUAUAUCCUCUUGACUUUUCUAUUUCAUUAUUUUCCUUGAAUAUUUUUAUUUAUUUGAAUAUCCUCAGUAAUGCAAUGUUCAUUUUGAGUGGAGUAGCGUUGUAUUUUAGACGGCCAAGUUAUGGCUACUCUUUUCGUGUGGAUAUUGAGGACAUCGUCCCAAUUGAGACACCACAGUGCUUCAUUCUUAAAAAUGAUAGUUCCUACCUCCCUAUCUCCUCCCCGAUAAACUCCCCCACUACUCUUGACUCUAACUCAUCCUCGUCCCACGUCAAUUAUACGUCGCUAGUUUAGUUAACUUUAGGAUCAAACAAAACGUGUAAGUUGAAUAUUUGUCACCCAAAAUGCGAUUAUCUCUUUUGAAAUCUGUUCUUUGAAUAAUGUAUUUUUAUUCUAUGUGGAUGAUCUAGACAAAUCGUGGCGUUUGAUUUUUCUAUGAGGGUUUCUGAAUAAUAUUUUUGUUGGGUAUCUGUUUUUUUUCUUGUAUCUUGUAUCUUUGAUUUUUUUCCAGGUUUUGGUCUGUGCUUCUGUUUUUCCAGGAUACACCUACACUAUGUUUGGCUCAAGGAUUUUGGUUAUCAAUCUGAAGUUUCAAGAGGCUUCGUUGCAUCAUAUGAUAAGGAUGGAAGAGCUAAAGAAGAGGCAAACAAAUCCGUUAAAGAAGAAUGAUGAACUGCUUCAAGCUCCUGCUAUUGCAUCCACCAAAACCCACCGAUGGGGCUUAAUUGGGACACUAGGCACCCUUGCUGGGGUGGUUGUAGCUUGGGCAUCCAUGCAUGACAAUAAGCAAUCAAUGGAAAAGGGGAAACAGGAUUUGGAAGACACUGGACUGCCCAAGCAGUCUCCCAGGCGGUUGUAAUAAAAAACAAGACAUUUUAACUGCUAAAUUAUGUUUGAUAUGUUUUAUUAAGGCUAUGCAUAGAUUUUAUUAAGGCUAUGGAUAGAUUUUAGUUCAACAACCAUCCCAAGUGUAGAUGUUGAUGUUAAGAUAGAUACACAGAAAGUGCUGUGCAGGACAACUGG